UUAGAGAUUCACCUGUGAACGAUUUUGACGUUUCGUGCAACAUAUUAAAUUAGGACUUGAUUGGACAUGGAAAUGUGAUACUCAUUAUCUAUUUAUCAACAACAUUCCACUAGCAAAGUUUAACAUUCAACUUGAAAUAUGAGUGAUGGAGUCAGACUACGUAUACACGUCCCAAAAGGGACGUCAGAGGAAGUAUUAUACUCAAAGAAAAGAAUAUCGAAGUCAAACACAUCGCUGAGAGAAACACAGCAUCUAUUAUAUUUGUUGCUAUGUUUACUAGGAGUGUCUUUAAUAGUAAUAGUCAUGGAGAAAAAAUUACCAGAGCCUCUCCUGACAGACAGCGAAGGAUUAUAUCCUGAGAAAUUUGUGGCUGAGAGAGCAAAAAAUAAUUUGGUGAAGUUGACUAAAAUGGGCCCCAGAGUCGCAGGGAGUUACGAGAACGAAGUUGCUGCUGUAAAUUUUUUGAAGACUGAAAUUCAAAAUAUCAUGCGGGAUGCACACAAUAAUCACGAAAUUCAACUUGACAUUACUCGACACAGUGGAGCAUUCACAUUAACUUUUUUGGAUGGAAUGACCAAUGUUUACCAGAAUGUUCAGAAUGUUAUUGUGAAAGUUGGUUCCAAAAUAAAAUCAGAGCAUAGUUUGUUAGUCAACUGCCAUUUCGAUACAUUUCCUGAAAGCCCUGGUGCUUCGGAUGAUGGUGCUGGAUGUGCCGUUAUGUUGGAAAUGCUGAGGGUGAUAGCUCACAGUCCAAAGAUUCUGAAACAUAAUGUUAUAUUCCUAUUCAAUGGUGCAGAGGAGAAUCUAUUACAGGCAUCCCAUGGCUUUAUAACACAGCACAAAUGGGCAAGUGAAGUGAGAUCAUUCAUAAAUCUGGAAGCUUGCGGAGCAGGUGGCCGUGAAUUAUUAUUUCAGGCUGGUCCAGACAACCCUUGGAUCCUAGAGAUUUAUUCUGAAACAGUUCCAUAUCCUUAUGCUUCUUCAUUGGCCCAAGAAAUAUUUCAAAGUGGCAUCGUCCCUGGAGACACUGAUUUCAGAAUAUUUCGUGAUUUUGGAAAGGUUUCUGGUGUUGAUUUCGCUUGGUCAACGAAUGGCUAUGUUUAUCACACAAAGUUUGAUAAUGUCGAUCAAAUACCACUUGGCUCUCUGCAAAGAACUGGUGACAAUAUGUUGGCAUUGGUUCGAGGAAUGACGGCCGGUCAUUAUUUGUCAGACGUGAUAGUCCAUCAUCAAAAAGGAAGCUUGGUAUUUUUUGAUUUCUUGGGUGCAUUUGUGGUCAGGUGGCCAGAGUAUCUCGCAAGUACUAUCAACAUUGCGGGUAUAUUGACUGGACUUUAUUCGAUAUACCUCAACAUGGAAGCUGCUCGGAAAUCAGAUGUCAGUCAUUCGAUCUACAUCAAACAAUUAGCUGUGAGCGUCUUCACUGUGAUCGGUUCGAUAAUUUUUGCAAUGGUCUCUGUGACAAUUAUUGCUGUUUUUCUAACGCAACUUGGAAAAGUUAUGAGCUGGUAUGCCAGGCCAGCCUGGUUAUUUUUUUUGUACAUAUGUCCAACGGUAUUCACGUCAAUGGCCUUCAUCUUAGCCAUAGCUAGAUCUCAAAAAAAGAAAAACAUCACUCCAUUGACACUUUAUUAUUUAUAUUUUGACGCUUAUAAUUCAUUGUGGAUAGCAGUAUUGUCCAUAUGUGUCAUACUACGUAUCAGAUCCGGUUUCAUACCACUGCAUUGGGUAAUAUUCCCGUCAAUCGGUAAUAUUUUGAGAGAAAAGUUUUUCAGUAACUGGAGGGACGGCAAAUGGUUGGUGUACCACAUGGGUGUGAUAAGUUUGCCGUACAUACAAUCAUUUUACCUGGCUCUGGGGGCAUUGUACCUUUUCAUUCCGAUCAUGGGACGAAGUGGAGCUGGUAUUAAUUCUGAAAUCGUUAUUGCGAAUAUGAUAUCAUUUCUGUUCAGUCUCCUAUUCAGUUUCACGGUACCCUUAGUACUUGUUGUUGAAAACGCAGGCAGGGUAAUAAGUAUCAUGAUCGGGAUUUUCUUAAUAGCAGUCAGCAUACUAAUUUUAACACCACUAGGUUUUCCGUACAGUGGCGAUCCGCUGGCACCAGCUCCAGCACGAUUUAUGAUUGCACAUACGCAAAGACAAUAUUAUAACGAAAAUGGCACACUGCGACAUUAUAGUACAGGAUAUUGGAUGGUGGAUUCGGAUGUAAACAGCCCACGCAAUGUGGAAACGAUCAUACCUGAAGUAGGUACCGCAAUUGGGACCAUAGAAGAUUGCAAAGCUGAAUUGUAUUGCGGGUUACCGUACUUGAUGCCUGUCACAACGUUCUUAUGGAAAACGAGUUGGAUCCCAGGUCCAGCACCGUUGAUAAAAAUACCUACAACGCUAGAAAGAAUCUCCAAAAUAAAGAAGGGUAAUAUUUUGAGCUUCACCUUCAACGUCACAGGACCAGAUCAUAUUGGUAUAAUGCUAUCACCGUAUGAAGGCGUACAUCUAAAAAAGUGGAGUGUACUAAACGAUCCACCACUGCAGGGCCCUCAUUGGAAUAAUCGAGAGACUUAUUUCAUAUAUUAUGCCUGUUCAUCUGACUGUGAACCUUAUAGUUUCACAGUUGAUUUAGAAGUGCCAGAAAAUCAUAGAGAACCGUCUUUGACUAUUGCGCUGUGCGGCCACUUUUUACACGGUGAAAAUCAGAAAUCCUUGAGGUUCAAAACAUUCCUGUCUCAAUUUCCCUCUUGGGCGGCAGUUAAUCCUUGGACUGCUACCUAUACGUCUUGGAUAUAUUAGUGGUGAACCAAAUCUGCAAUGGGUUUGUGAUUAACAAUUAUUUUACAUACCUCUAAAAAGUAUUAUAGGAAAAACACGAUAUUCAUCAGCAACGAAAUCAAAUUGCUAAUUUAAUAUCGAUAGGUUUCUACAACAUGAUCAUAGACAUAUAUCACAAUCUUCGUGUAUGUUUGCUUAAAUCGUUUGCAACGUUAUAUUUUAUACGUUUAAUUCGGAUAUUAUAACGUCUCAAGCGCGUUAAUAAUACUGCCAUUGCAUUGAAUAAAAAUUGAAAGUUAUUAGGAAAAUAAAACAUUUGAGUUAGGUGUGGUAUGGGAUAGUGAACUCAGGAACUUACGAUUGAAUUUUUUCCACAGUUUCCAUUUAAUUUGGCGUGAUCCUUUCUCUUGCAUGGAUAACAUUAUGGUAGCACAAACAUAAUGCGCAAUGAUAAUAUUAUUUAUUAGUUAUUAGUUCUGUUAUCACUCGACUGAUGCUUAUAUGCAUGUUGCAAUUUAUUGACAUCCUCGCACAACUUUGAAAGCACAACUUUGGAAUAUAACAGUUUCCCCCAACUCGUUUUCAACAUAUCACCUCAAGCUCCAAAACUUUGAAAAAAAAAUCGGACGAAAAAGAGGAUUAACAGAACACAAGUAAAACGUUGGCUAUGCGUAUCAGUGCAAUUUGUUACUAUAUACAUACAAUGUUUGUAGACAGUUUCGCCGAUCAUUACUUUUCAACUAUCAAAUACGAAAUAACAAAAAAAAGCAAAAUGUCUUCGGAGCUUUAGAAGUUGAAGCUAUAGUUUCCGUCCGGUUUCUUUCGCAGCUUUGUUGCCGAUGAAGACAGCAUUGAUUACUGAUGAAGACAGUGCCGUAUAUAUUCAUAUAUACAUACAUUUUACCUAUGUAUAAGUUUAAUUAUAAAGUGCCAUACGAUGAAUCGACGGACCUAGAUUACAAAACGAGAGUAGCAUAUCAACUAAAGCCAAAAUAUCAUCGGAUUAAUUCAUAAAGUUAAUUGUUAUGCAUAUAAUCACUAAGGAAUUGUGCAAAUUGAAUAAUUGCCUAAUAGUGUAAAAUAAAAAGCACGCCCGCGAAUAAAAAAAAAGAUCCAACCCGUGUUGGAAGCAAAAUAAAUGGAAAAUGAAUUUAGAUCGAGUAUUACUAACAAAGUAUUUCAAAGUCUGAAGAGAGAUGAUUACUUGAACUUCGUAAAUAUAAUUAUAAAAGAGCUACAAUAACUAUGAAUUAAUUAUACGUAUGUAUGUAUGUAUACAUAUUUAUGAAUGAAAAAUUCCAUUGCGAUUAACAAUAUUGGUGAUGAUAGUAAUAAUAGUAACAACGAUAAAUCAAAUACCUAAUAAUAUUAAAUACAACAAUAACAUUAGUAUAAUAAGAACGAUAUCGGAAAUUGCAACAAUUACAAUAAUAAUUAUAAUGCGAUUUAAUAAUUAAAAAAAAUCAUAUUAAUACUAAUUAUGAUAAUAACUUUUGAUGCCUUUUAGUCAUAGUAUAUGUGAAAUCGAAUAAUGCAUUAGAGGAAUUAUCAGGAUAAAUUCGAUACACCUAUAUCAUUAUUAUACAUAUAAUUCGAAAUUGCCUAGUAAACAUACAAUAACAAGUGGUAUCUACAAUUAAGAUUAUGAAUGAGUAAGACAAAAUAUAACGUCCUCAAAACUCGCCGCCUGACGCCUUCAUAAUAUAACCAAUAUAACUAAAAAAAAAAAAAAAUGUUUCAAAUUGCGUUUAUCUAAAACUUUAACAUAAUCGUAUGUUUGAUAAGUUUUUUUUGGUGAUUUUUCAAAGAACAAAUCAAACCGCCCUAGAUUCUAUAGUUUAGGAUAUUCAUUUUCCUGUAUCUGAUGCACUAAUUUCCAGCAAUAGUGAACAGCAUUAUGGUAGUUACUGCUGUCCGCAUGCGGACGUUACAUUUUUUGACUGUUACAUAUUGUUGCUAAAUAUGAUUGUGACUAUUUCUGGUUCAUCUUUCCUCCAUUUUCUUCUUCUUACUCUCCCCUUCUUCCUCAGCUUCUAUACUUUCUUUCGCUCGCUAUCUCCGACUUUAUAUCUAACGAUCGAAUUUAUUCAUCGACAAAUUUUCAUCGAUUUACAUGAAAUUUUGCUCAUAAACGUUAUUGACACUAACGCAUAAAGCAGGGUUUUAGUUUUUAAAGUUGAGUCUUUUUUUUCGUUUUGUACGUCAAUUUCGUAUUUUUUGUUGUGUUUUACAAAAUAAUAUAUAAAACUCAAGUGAUAUACUGAAACUUCAGCACAAUUCACGGUAUGGUAUUUCUAUCGACGAUUAAAUACAUUUAUUAUGUUCUUUAUAUUUAAGAAAAUACUUGAUAUUUGUUGUGCGUAUCGUUUAAAAACUGGAAGGGAAUGUAGGGGUUUGUCGAAUGUUAUUGUCUAUAUCCAAAAGUGUUCAAGCUCCGUUUUUUAUACACGUUGUAUAUCACGACCAUUUCUGAUAUGUACUAUUACAAUUAUUUCCGACAUUAUCAGUGUAAUAUUGUUCGGUUUCUUUCGUUAUCCAAAGAAUUAUAAAGAAGUAAUGUAAGGCGAUAUACACACAGUGUAUAUGAUGAUUGUUAUUUCAAAAAUUGUUGGCAAAGUAAUAAUUGUAAUAUAAAUCGAA